UUAUGGCAUCCAGCUUCUCAAGCUCAGGAAAUCUGACAAACACCAAUAGCAGACACACACAGUACAGCAACAUCGCACCUCGUCUCUUCUUCCUCACUUGUGAGCAGCUCCCCCUUGCCGCUCCGUCGGAUCAUAUACACUCUUGGAACCCGUGGGAAGUUGCCUGAGGCAUAGGCUGCGCCAAUGGAUUUGAUGGCUGCGGGCCUGCCGGCGUCGGUGUCCGUGAGGAUCUCCCAGAGCUUCUGGUAGUCUGCCAUUCAGAGAAGGACCGUAGGGAUGUGCUCGGUGUUGACAUACGUGGGUUUAGACAUAUAUGCAUCUGUGCGUGCACACUUCUCUUCUCGUCGUUGAGCGCCUUUCUCAUUUGGGCGAUCUUGUUUUUCCCUGUUGCGAGGUCGUUCUCGGACAGCUCUGCUCGCAACAAAUGAGAGAGGCACAACACAUGGGCGUACGAUUGUGUGCUUGCUGUGUGCCGGCUGCGUGCCUACGAGUGGUCAUCGAUCGGUGGGCGUCUGAAUAGCUCAUGGUGUAGGUGGUUCCUACAUAAUGCAGACAGAUGCAUUGCAUGCACAGCGAUCUCUCCAAUUUGAUUCGUUUAUGACCUUUGGUCUUAUUUCGGUACUCUCGAGACACACACAGCAGAGACACAAUCAGAGAGAGGGAGACACAGCACCUCUGGGUUCUCCGUCCGUGUGUAUGCGUGUGCUCACCUUUGUUCUCCCUUUUGAAGGUUGCAUUGUCGCCCAGCACACCCUUGAGAGCCACCUCGACAUCCUGCGCCACAACACCUCCCACAAGCGAGUACUUCUCCAUCAGCGUAUAGCCCGGUGUCCCUGCAGCAACAAAACCGCACACCCAUUCCAGAAGGAGGAAACACGCGACGGAACUUCUCGUGUCUACGCACCAUGCUUGAGGGUGCAGAAGAGGACGAAGCCAGAGGCGCCGGACAAGAACUGGAUGUUGUGCCUUAUCUUGUCGAUGACGAGGGAUAUGGUGGAUAUUCUGUCUUUCUCCGCCUUCUUCCUCAGGGUGACCGUCAUACUGGUCGCCAGAGCGGCACGAUGUCUCUUCCAAAAGGGGUCGAGCGUCUUGGUGUCCGUGGCCAUGUCUGCAUGUGGAGAGCGAGAAGGGGAGAGAGACAUGAUGCGUGUGGGAGGCACACUGUCAGGCAGUCGGUGACUUACCCUGAAUGUGACAAAGGACAAAUUCCAUCCUGUGAGGAUGAUCAUCAUAUACAGCAACAAGGUGAGACAUGACGCGAGCCCCAAUCGUCUCUCUGUUUACCCGCAGAUAUCCUUGAUGAAUUCAUCAAAGUGCUCGUCUGGGUGGAAGUACAGCUCCUCCUUUUUUUCGCCACUCGUCACACCAGCCCGGGCGGCCGAAUGGUUCGCAGCACGCAUCGACCACGAAGACCGGGUGAGGCGUAAGCUCAUCUUUCUUCUCCGCAAUGCCAUGGCUGGAGAGAGGAGGGCGGCGGACAGGAAGAGAAGGAACUUCAAGACGAGGUGCGGCAUUGAGGUGGUGGGAUGACAGGAGAUGGUCGCCUAUGAUUUUGAUGGGUCAACUACCACAAUGUGGG